AUGGCGUCUUGCUUAGUGCCGGACUUCCCCGCCGUCACUGUUGCCCUCGAACACUUAAAGGAGCUGGACAAUGUGCUGAAAGAGGAGAGGGUCCCAUUCGCACCCGAGGCCAGCCUCCACCUGGCAGAGCUGAAGGCUGCUGUCACCGACCUGGAGUCAGACCGACGUGCUGCCCACGAACAUUUAGAAGUGGAAACCAUAGAAAACAGCAAGCUACGACUCCAAAUAAACAACAUACGGGAUCGAAUGAGCCGGGAAAUCAAGGCGGACGUGGCAGCAGCCCGAGCCUCCAAUGCCGAGGAGAUGGAGCUGCUGCACCGGGAGCUCAACACAGUGUCUCGGCUGCGAGAAGCUACUGAGAAGAGGCAGGGAGUCCUCCUGAGCCAGAAUGAAGCUUUGAACCCUCACAGAGAACGAGAGGAAGCCCAGCACGAGGAGGUCGUCGCUGUUCUGAAUGAUCGAAUCUCCCUGAAGUACAGCUUGCAAAUGCAACUCGACCAGACACUGGGGCGGAUAGAGGAGCUGAAGAUCUGCAUCGCUGCUGUCAAACAGGACAAAAUAUCACUGGAGCAAAACAUGGUGCUGGAGAGAGAAGCCUUCGCUGUGAGAAAACGCAGCCUGUCCGGUGACGAGAAUCAGAUGGACGAGAAAAUCAAGCAGCAGAAACAAGUGAUCAGGAGGAGCAGAAGAGAGCUGGGGAGAGUAAACGACAAGAAGCAAGAGAGCCGUGGCCGUCUGGAAGAGCUUGUGACGGAUUCGGCCAAGAUAGAGGGAAACCUACAAAGACUGACAGAAUCUCGGUGCCAGUUUGAGAAACAGCUGGACGGUGAGACUCAAAGGCGUCAAGACCUGAGGCGACAGAGAGAAACUCUGAAGAAGGAGUUGUGUGACUCAGGAGAAGCGUUCAGCCUUGCCGUUCAGAAUCUAAAAGAGAGAAUCACUGCAGUGGAGAGCCAAAUAGAGGAGGGUCAAGCAUCGAAGUUCCUCUGUCAGGAGAACCUGGCCCAUAUCCAUGAGAUGUACAAGCAGCAGCAUGGUGAAGAGAGCGGCGUGAGGGCAGAGCACUCCUGUGCAUCGCAGCAGCUGGAGCGGUCCGGGCUGCAGCUGGAGGAACGCGUCGCCUCCGUAGUCAAACACAACAAGGAGAUCAGAGCCAUGGACAAGCAGAUGAGAGAACUUCUGCAGGCUGACACCAUCAACAAGCGCAUGUUCGAGAGGAAUCGGGAGGAGCUGUGGGGUAACGUGGAUACAGAGAGGGAGAACAUCCGCCACCUCGAGGAGGAGAGGAACGGGCUGAGGAGACUUCUGGAGGAGGCGAAAAGGGAGCAGGAGGAACACAUGGCGAAAAUCAACUCUGGCAUCACCAGCACAAGGAGGCGCUACAAGGAGCUGCGUCGAGAGGAGGCCGCGCUCCAGCAGCGCCAGCCCAAGAGCACAGAUGCUGACCUGCUAAUGAACCAUGUGACCCAGUGUGCAGCGGAAUACAGACAAAUAGAGAUCCAACUCCAGCAGGAGAUUGAGCAGUGCACCGCAGAGACUGUGGGUAUCACACGGAGCACUGAGGAGAAGCAGAGGGUGGUGGAGGAGAAAGAGGAGAUGCUGAAGGAGGUGGAGGCCAGGUGGAAUGAGGAGCAACGCCGCCACCAGAGGCUGAAAACGCUGACCUCGGAGCUGAGGCGGAGGAAGGCAGAUCUGGAGCUGUCCGUUCAGGGGCUGAAGGAGAAAACCAUCUCUCUGCUUCAGCCCAAAGAGGAGAUGAAGGCAGAGCUGGAGGAAACGAGAGCACGUCACAUGGAUGUGCUCGGCAGACAGGCCUCAGAGCUGAGAGCUGUGGAACUGAGCAUCUAUGACACCAGUGUGAAACUGGAGCAGGUCGGCGUGGAGAACAGCAGGCUGCAUCUCUGCAUCAGACAGAUGACGACGGACGUGAACAGGGUCAGGUGGAACAAAGACAGAUACUGGCAGGAGGUUCACCAGUUCAACCGGGACAAGCAGGCCUUGGUUGACUCGUUACAGGAAGCAUGGAGGGAAGAUAUAUUGGUAACGGAGGACUGUCAGAGGAGUGCUGGUGUCCUGCUGGUGUGUAUGAACACUCUGCUGAACCAACUGAAGACUAGGAGACAGCAGCUUGGACAUGUUAACACACUCCUACACCAGAAAAUGCUAGAAUUCAGCAAGAGACUGGGAGAUCAAACAUAA